ACAUUUGGUCCACCCAUCUUGACCUUUUUUAGUAGCCUCAACAAAUAUUGGUGGACUCUCUCGAACCAUGGCUCGAGCCAUGGUCUUGAUCAUAUGGGCGUACCAUUGGUUUCUUUUAGCCACCAUUACGUGCGUAAAUGGUCUAGGCGUGAAUUGGGGUACUCAAGCAUCAACACCCUUGGAUCCUAAGUAUAUCGUCCAAAUGCUUAAAGACAAUAAGAUCAAGAAGGUGAAGCUUUUUGAUUCAGACCAUUGGACCGUUAGCCACUUUGCUGGGACAGGAAUAGAAGUCAUGCUCGGUAUCCCUAACCUUCAUCUCAAAAAGUUUAGCAAGGAUUAUGAUGCUGUCCAAGAUUAUGUUAGGGAAAAUGUUACCGAUCAUUUGCGUGAUCAUGGAGGUGUUAAUAUCAAGUAUAUAGCAGUUGGAAAUGAACCAUUUUUGAAAGCAUACAAAGGAGCCUUUGAGAAAACUAUUUUUCCAGCCCUAAAAAACGUACAAAAGGCACUAAAUGAAGCUGGGCUAGGAAAAAAAAUCAAAUCCACAAUUCCUCAAAAUGCAGAUGUUUAUGAUUCUGGUUCACAAGGGCCAUCAGCAGGAAAUUUCAGGCAAGAUAUCAGAGAUGUAAUGGUUCAAAUAUCGAGAUUUCUCGACCAAAACAACUGCCCUUUUAUGGUAAACAUAUACCCUUUCCUUAGCCUCUACGAAAACGAUGAUUUUCCAAUGGAGUUUGCUUUCUUUGAUGGCGGGGGACAAGGUGUUCAAGACGGAAACAUUAGAUACACGAAUAUGUUAGACGCUAACCUUGACACAUUAACGUAUUCUCUAAAGAAAGCCGGCGUACGCAAGCUUAAAAUCGUUGUAGGAGAAAUAGGAUGGCCAACAGAUGGCCAUAAACAAGCCAAUGUAAAAAUUGCACAAAAGUUCUAUGAUGGAUUGUUAAAGAAACUAGCAACAAACAAAGGAACCCCAUUACAUCCUGGUUACAUUGAAGUUUAUCUUUUUAGUUUAACAGACGAAAACCAAAAAAGUGUCGCACCAGGUUACUUUGAGCGUCACUGGGGGAUUUUUCGGUAUGAUGGACAACCAAAGUUUGCUAUAGAUUUUUCGGGACAAGGUAAUGAAAAGAUGCCGGUGGGUGCGAAAAAUGUGAAGUAUUUAGAUCAUCAAUGGUGUGUUUUGAAUGAAGAUAUGAGGGAUAUGGGUAGAUUGAAGGCUGCAAUGGAUUAUGCAUGUAGUAGGGGUGAUUGCACUAGUCUUUCGUAUGGAUCAACAUGCAAUAAACUUAGUGCAAAUAAGAAUGUAUCAUAUGCAUUCAAUAUGUAUUUUCAAAUGAAUGAACAAAGUGUGGAGGCUUGUGAUUUCAAUGGGGCUGCAAAGCUUACCAAAAAAAAUUAUUCUACCCAAGAGUGUCUUUUCCCUCUUGAGUUAAUGAGUGGUGCAACCAAUAAGCAUCAAGGGAUAACUUUUUUACUUGUUUUAGUUAGCUUAAUGGUGUUAUUCUAAGUAAGGGUAGCUAUCUAGUAGAUAGAUUUUGUUACAGAU